AUGGUCUCCAGUAGCCUUCAAUCGAAGAUUUUCCGUCGUUUUUUCAAUGCCAGGUGGCUAAACUACAUUCAUAGCACACGUAGAUGCUAUGCUAUAGCUGCAGAGGAGUCGCUGGCCGUCCAGGUAGCCGGCCGGGACUUUGUUCGCGACUCCAUGACCAAUGUGACUCCCACCGUCCUGAGUCGUGUGGGACGAAACCUCCACCAGAUUCCCCAGCACCCUCUCAACAUCAUCAAGCAGCGUAUCGUGGCCCACUUCCAGAGAAGCUACGCAGCUCCCACGGGGACUCCUAUCUUUGCCCACUUCGACGACUUGAGUCCAGUAGUCACCACGGAACAGAACUUCGACAGUCUCCUGGUUCCAACGGACCACGCCUCGCGGAGCCGCAGUGAUAACUACUACGUCAACGCUCCCAUGUACUGCGGGCACACACCUCUGCUCACCAGCGAGAUCUCAUGGAAGGGGUUCGACUCUUUCAACAGACACGAGCUUUUCUCGGGGUGCGAGAAGCCGGAGCAGCUGGGUCUGUUUGAGCGAGAGCCAAGUCUUGCAGUAGAGACAUGUGACAAACAAGCCGUCCACACAAUGGACUCUGUGAAACUCACCGAACUGAGCCUCAAACAGACUCUGACAGAGCUCGUGGGGGAGCUGUUUGGGCCGGAGACCCAAAUGAGGUGGACGCCCGAUUACUUUCCCUUCACUCACCCGUCGUACCAACUGGAGGUGGAGUAUGGUGGGGAGUGGCUGGAAGUCCUGGGCUCAGGGGUAAUGCAGCAAGCCAUCCUAGAUGGUAGCGGUGCCGGGGACAAGAUAGGUUGGGCGUUUGGCCUUGGGCUGGACCGUCUUGCAAUGCUCCUCUUCGCAAUCCCCGAUAUCCGUCUCUUUUGGAGUACAGACCCACGUUUCCUCGAGCAAUUCCGCUCAGUAACUCUUGAUCCUGCCACCGACAUUUCUUUCAAGCCCUUCAGCAAAUAUCCCUCGUGCUACAAAGACGUAGCGUUCUGGCUACCGGAGAACGCAGGCGACUACGUAGAGAACGAUUUUUUCGAGUUGGUUCGUUCGAUUGGAGGUGACCUUGUUGAGAAAGUUGAGCUAAUGGACAGGUUCUGUCACCCAGUGUCGAGUAGGGUUAGCCACAUGUACCGCAUCGUGUACUGCUCCAUGGAGAGGACCCUGACCAACGAGGAGGUUAACGACCUCCAGGACACUCUGCGGGAGGGCUGUCUCAAGUAA